AUGGCCGAGGACAAUGCCCUGAGGAGCGCGAACAGCGGCUUUUUCAUAGGCUCAUCCAUGGAUGAGGCCUCCAAGAAGAUGGACUUUGAACCGAAAUUCACUCUUGAGUACGACGAGGAGUCCAAGGUUCUCAGGAAGGACAAGAAGAUCCCGAUGGAUCAGCCAAGGGAAAACUUUCUCGCCAGCCAGCUGAGCCUCCAGCUGAGCCUCCCCCUCGCGGGCAUGAACCAGAGGAUCUUCUCCGCCGAGAUGCAGCUGCUGCGUGGGCACUUGAGGCACGAUCAACUUCAUCAUACAGCCCGCACCAAAGAUCGACAUCGAGACCAUCGACGACCUCAAGACUCUCGUCGAGAUCGCUUCCAUCAAGCCAUCCAUGGCCACCAGGCUUGCAGACACCCACUCAUCACUGCCGACAAGGACAAUCGGUGGAGUGGAUGGGAGCAUGGGAACGAAUCGAAGAAGGACAGAGACGCGGGCAAGGUCACAAAAACAGAGCUGCAGUACCAGCCGCCCAAGAAAGCAGCACCGCCCAAGUUUGCACUUCCCCCCAAGGAGCCGGCCGCUGGGAAGUCGAAGAAGUAG